AUGGAAUUCUUGUUGAUCUUUUUGACACACGCACCGGAGCGUCAGCUUCAAGCGGACCAUCACUACCUCUCACAUCUAAAGGACCAACAUGGAGCGAGAAGUCAGCGCUCUCAGGAGGCCGACAAACCUCACAGAAGAAAGGGAGAGAAAACAUACACCUGUGACGAGUGUGGGAAAGAUUUUACUAGGAAGGAUAAACUAAAACAGCAUCAGGUCAUCCACACUGGAGAGAGACCGUUCAGCUGUGACUUGUGUGGAAAGUCUUUUUCCAGGAAGGGUUCCCUAAAAGAACACCAACUCAUCCACAGUGGAGUUAAAGCGUACAGCUGUGAUCAGUGUGGCAGAGCUUUUACUCACAGUAGCAGCUUACAGAAGCAUCUAGUUACCCACUCUGGAAUUAAGGCAUACAGCUGUGACAUUUGUGGAAAAACUUUCAGGCUGAUAGGGGACCGAAAUAGACACCAACGCAUUCACACCAGACAUGAUGUGUACAGCUGUGAACAGUGUGGGAAGGAGUUUACUGAGAAGGCUAAUCUAAAACUGCAUCAGGUCAUCCACACUGGAGAGAGACCGUUCAGCUGUGACUUGUGUGGAAAGUCUUUUUCCUGGAAGACUAACCUAAAAACACACCAACUCAUCCACAGUGGAGUUAAAGCGUACAGCUGUGAUCAGUGUGGCAGAGCUUUUACUCACAGUAGCCACUUACAGAGUCAUCUAGUUACCCACUCUGGAAUUAAGGCAUACAGCUGUGACAUCUGUGGAAAAACUUUCAGGCUGAUAGGGAGCCGAAAUAUACACCUACGCAUUCACACCAGACAUGAUGUGUACUGCUGUGAACAGUGUGGCAAAGAGUUUACAACAGACGCAAAGUUACAACGACACAUGUUUACCCACACUGAGGGACGACCUUAUAAAUGUGACCUGUGUGAGAAGACUUUUAAAGUUCCAGAUUACCUGAGACGACACCAACAGAUCCACAACAGAAAGAGACUCUACAAGUGCAGUUACUGUGAGAAGCAGAGCGACACAGAUGGAUCCAGUUCUCAACCCUGUCAUCACUGUGGUGGUGGGAAAGACUUUCAUUGUGACCUCUGUGGAAAAACUUUCAGUUGGAAAGCUGACCUACAAAGACAUCAACGUAAACACACUGGAGACAAACUGAAAUACUGCAAAGAAUGUGGGAGAAGCUUCACCACAUCAGGUGACUUAAAACAACAUGAACUGAUUCACAGUGGGGUUAAAAAGCACCUCUGUGAUCAGUGUGGGUCAUCCUUCACCUCUGCAAGUCAGCUUAAAAGACACAAACGAGUCCACACAGGAGAGAAACCAUACAAGUGCAGACACUGUGACAAAAGCUUCUCACAAUCACAUCAUCGUAACAAUCAUGAACGUACACACAUGGAAGGAAACUACAGCUGUGACCAGUGUGACAAGAGCUUCAGGAAUCUCAGUUCAUACUCUGAACACAAACGAUCCCACGUUACUAAUAAACUGUUUCACUGUUACCAAUGUGCCAAAACAUUCACCUCAUUGUCUGCUCUGUGCAAACAUCAGCGUGAUCACUCAGGGCUGAAAUCACUCCCAUCACUGGAUCACAGUGAAUCUGAAGAGACAGAAAGAUCCUCUGGUUUCAGUGUCAGACUCAAAAAGCUUGAGAUCAGGCUCCACAGAGUUCAGAUAGAAUCAUUUAAACUUGUGUUGAACUGAACUGGUUGCUGGGCUGAACUUCUACAUAAUACAGAUUUACGUGGGAUCUUAUUUUCUGCCGUUUUACUGAGUCAGUUUUGUCCUUUUUUCUCUGUCCUGGUUUUGCUCGUCUGUAAAUAAUUGAAACUCAGUCAAAUAGUUCAUUGUUCUCCAGCAAAACGUUUUGGAAACUCAUGUUUAACCUUUAAACUCUGACAUGUUUUAGCACACAAGGCUUCAUCGGGGAGUUCACUCAUGAUUGGACCAUGAGAAUAAAGGUUUUUAGUUCUUUCAAAGAGAGUCUUGGAGGUGUUUUAUGUUUUUGUUUUUUCUGAAACCACCUGAAAGAAAAACUAUUUUUCUUGCUUUAUGUAGUGUGGAAGUUUUUAAUGUUUCUUUCAUCUGUGAUGUUCUUGAAUGUGUUCACAUGAAGAUGGUACAAAUAAACUGUCCUUUUAGCUUUA